UCUAAAAAUCAAGGUCAAAUCAAGAUGGCGACUAUGUUGAAGGACAAGGCUCAUCUCACAUUUGAAGACAAAUGGGAUUCAAUGCGACCUACAGUUCUGAAAUUGCUACGCCAGCAAGAUGUACCAAGGACUGAAUGGCAAGACCUAUUCUGGGAUGUGCAUUCUGUUUGUUUAUGGGAUGACAAGGGACCUGAAAAAGUGCAUGAUGAACUGAAGCAUGAUAUCAUUGAUUUUAUCAAGCAGGCUAAACAGCGUGUUUUACAAGAUCAGGAUGACUCCGCCCUUUUGAAAGCAUAUAUAAAGGAGUGGGGAAAGUUUUUCACGCAAUGUGGCUACUUACCUAAACCAUUUGGACAAUUAGAAACCUCACUAAGCAACAAAAAAACUAGUUCGUCUCAAAAGAAAGCAUCACAAACAGAGGACAGUAUCGUUCGUAAGUUGAUGUUGGACAGCUGGAAUUGUCAUAUUUUCUUCAUAGUCAAACAAAGGUUACAGAGCAGUGCUAUGAAGCUUGUGGUUGCCGAGCGAAAUGGAGAAGCCUUCGAUAAACAGCUAGUGAUUGGAGUUAGAGAGUCUUAUGUUAACUUAAGCUCAAAUUUUGAAGACCGGUUACAAAUAUACAGAGAAAAUUUUGAGAGGGCUUAUAUAGAUGCAACAGAGAGAUUUUACAAGACCCACGCUCAUGCAUAUCUUGCUGACAAUGGAGUUCAGAACUACAUGAAGUAUGCUGAUGGUAAAUUAAAAGAAGAGGAAAACAGGGCAGUUCGUUACCUUGAGACGUGUAAGGGCAGUUCAUCCGUUGAAAAGCUUAUUGAGUCCUGUGUCAACGUGCUGGUUACCUCAUUCCGUGAUGAAAUCCUCAGAGAGUGUGCGCCUAUGAUCAAAACCAAUGAAACUGUCAAACUAAACCUAAUGUUUCGUUUAAUGGAUCGUGUUAGCGAUGGAAUCAACCCAAUGCUACAAGAUCUUGAGCAGCACAUCAUACAUUCAGGUCUUGCCGACAUGGUAGCUGCCGCGGACGUCAUCACAACCGAUUCGGAGAAGUAUGUAGAGCAGUUGUUAAAGCUUUUCAAUCGAUUUAGUACGUUAGUGAAAGAAGCAUUUAACGAUGACCCAAGAUUUCUUACUGCUAGGGAUAAAGCAUAUAAACAUGUUGUAAAUGACACACAAGUGUUUAGACUAGAAUUACCUACAAAGAGUAAAUCUGUAAGCAGUAAAACACAGCCUGAAUCCAAAUGUCCAGAACUGUUAGCCAACUAUUGUGAUAUGCUUCUAAGGAAGACACAAGUUAGCAAAAAGCUUACCUCAGAUGAAAUUGAAUCUAAGCUGAAAAAUGUGCUCCUGGUGCUAAAGUAUGUACAAAACAAAGAUGUGUUUAUGAGGUACCACAAAGCUCACCUAACCCGACGACUUAUCCUGGACACAUCAGCUGACAGCGAGAAGGAAGAAAACAUGGUGGAAUGGCUCAGGGAGGUGGGCAUGCCUGCAGAUUAUGUUAAUAAGCUCGCCAGGAUGUUCCAAGAUAUCAAAGUGAGUGAGGACAUGAAUCAGUCGUUCAAGGAGAUGCAUAGGAACAACACAGGCAAUGUGUCUGAUAACAUCAACAUUAAGAUCCUGAAUGCUGGUGCAUGGAUGAGGAGUAGUGAAAGGGUCCCAGUCUCAUUGCCAGUUGAACUGGAGGACUUUAUUCCAGAAGUGGAGGAAUUUUACCGCAAUACUCACAAUGGAAGGAAACUACAGUGGCAUCAUCUAAUGUCCAAUGGAUCUAUUACGUUUAGGAAUCAAGUUGGUAUUUUCGAUAUUGAGGUAACAACGUUUCAAAUGGCCGUAUUAUUUGCAUGGAAUCAACGUCCAUUGGAAAAGAUAUCAUUUGAAAAUCUGAAACUUGCUACUGAACUACCAGAGAGUGAGCUAAGGAAGACACUAUGGUCACUAAUUGCAUUUGCAAAGCUUAGAAGACAGGUUGUGCAAUGUUGUCCAGAAGCAAAGUCACCAAAGGAUUUUACAGAAAGCACGAUGUUUUGGGUGAAUCAAGAGUUUGCUGUAAUAAAAAAUGGCAAGGUACAGAAAAGAGGUAAAAUCAAUCUAAUUGGUCGACUGCAGCUGUCGUCUGAACGAAGUGGAGAGGAAGAGAAAGAAAGCAUAGUUCAACUCAGGAUUCUUAGGACACAGGAAGCAAUAGUAAAGAUUAUGAAGAUGCGAAAGACAAUAAGCAAUGCACAGUUGCAAACGGAAUUAGUAGAAAUUUUAAAGAACAUGUUCUUGCCUCAAAAGAAAAUGAUAAAGGAACAAAUUGAGUGGCUUAUCGAGCAUAAGUACAUGAAACGAGAUGAGAAUAAUAUCAACACAUUUAUAUACCUUGUGUAGAUGUGCGAGAAUUCAGUCUUGUUACCAAUGAAAGUGGUCUUAAGUAGGCAAAACGUCUUGGACUCGUUGCAAUAUGUCUCAUGGUAGGCCCAACCGCCAGGUUUUUAGCACUGUUUUUGUAGAAAAGAAUUGGGCAGUGACCUUUAUGGAAGAUGACAGUAAAAUGCAGCACAUGUGGUAGCUUUUAGUGACCAGUCCCUAGCAGACAGUUGUGAAGAAUUUACUGCUAAGUACAAGAUACAAGAAGAGUGGCAGAUCCCCUCCCAGUACAAAACAAGCCUGUUACCAUUAACAUAUUAAGCAUUGGAUGAGGAAGUAUAUGAGAAUAGGUGACUUGACUUCUGUCUUGGAAUUUUCCAUGCUUGACCCCUAGGUCAGAUGGCGAAGGUGUGUACACAGGCUCGCAAUAUGGCGUCUUCAUCUCUGCUCAAGAGAUUUGAUCGUACUGUAAUCAAUGAUUCUCUUGAUAACAAAUACUAAUACAGAAAUACUUUGUAGUGCUUACUGUACUGUUAAUCUUGACUUGAUUUUAAAAGGAAACUUGUAUUUUAACAUGAAUUGUGUUACUGAGAAAGGUAGAUUAAUUCUUCAUAUUGGAAGUAUUUUCCCACCAAACCUCUACUGGAACGGUGCUUAUUAUGCAAUCUAUUUAACAUAAGAUAUAAAAUUAUAAUGUAUGCGUGAUCCACAGUGAAAACACUGUAUGCAGAUAUAUUAAGCCGGGCACUUGCUGUGUUGGACGACCGCCAUUCAUAUCAAGGUUGUACAACUAAUCCAACUCUGCUCUCUGC